CCGUACCCCGGCGGGAACUCGUACUCUUCGAGUUCGGUGGACGGCGUCGGCGGGUUGAAGAUGGCGCCAUGGAAGUACGCUGGGUACGGCGGUGGUGCGAGGGCGGCGACGAAAUCAUCUUCUUCGUCGAGUAAUGGGCCCGCUGGCCCGCCGAGGAGCCAAUCCAUCGGCGGUAUCUGGAACGCCGGUUGCAGAGGAGCAGGCGGGCUUGGAGGUGCCGCUUGAAGACCGUGGGCAUUCAGAGCGACAGCCUGAGCACCGCGUCCAGUGCGAGGCGCGAAGGCCUGGCGUGGGUUGCCAUGGUGACGGCGGCCGUGGCUAUGGCGGUUCCACACGAAGGGGCGACGACGGCCACCUAUUCCGGAGCGGUGGCGAAGGCCUCUGCCGUCGGUACGGCGAUGGAAGACGGCCCCGCGGCCAUGGCGGCGGAAGAUGUUGCCGAAGCGACGAAGACGACGGUGACGGGCGAAGAACGGGCGGCGGUUCUCGCUUUGCAGGAAGCGAACAAACGCGGAUGCGAUGUCUGCGAUGUCUGGCAAGUUUCUUGCCAUCUUGCCUUCCUUUUCUUGGUCCUUCCUUCUCCGGUGAUUGCUCUUGGUAGAGCUAGCGUGGCUGAGAACGUGUAACGAAUGAAAAAGGAAUGGAAUCAACUGAUUUCUUCAUUGAUCAUCAAUAGGGUAUUUAUACAUGGAUUGCUGCCUCUUAGCAGCGUCGG